ACAUUUCUUAAUCUCUCUCUCUCUCUCUCUCUCUCUCUCUCUCUCUCUCUCUCUCUCUCUCUCUUUUUACUUAGUCUUUCUACUACUAUGGAACUUGCUCGAAAGGACCGGCAUGCGAUGAUAGCAGGAGAUGGGUUACAAAAGCACAACAGAAACACUUCCAUGUCAAAUCCUAAUAUUCCUUAUCCUUGUAAUACCAACCUCUCUUCUCUUUAUACCCAAAAUAGUUCUUACAUCUACUACGGUCCACAAGUACGUACCGUCAAAGAGUCCAUAACGUCUUCCACCAGUGCCACCUUUUUGGUAUAUCAAUGUUCAACGAGCUAGUUCAAGCAGCAGUUUUUGCGUAAAAAAUAUGUUUCUUCUCUCUUGCUUAAACCAAAAGCAAGCAACAAGCCUCAACGUUCUAGUUAAGGUAUGAAGAAGUUAGUCUGGCCAAAGAUGUGAGGCUCCUUUACAGUUUUUUUUCUUUCUAAAUUAGAUAUGGUGUGAGUGGAUGCAGACCGGUUCAAACUUUACUCCCUUGAGAGUUUUGUUGUAAUAAUGUCAACUUGGAUUUGUGUCUGUUUGUAACAUGUGAAAUGUAACGUAAUGUAACCUGAUCAUUAUGUAUUUAUGUUUAUAUUUUAAAUUAGUAAAUUUUCGAUUA